AUGGAGGCAAACUGCAAGCCGCUGGAGGACGUUAACAAGCACAAGCCGUGGCUCGAGCCCACCUAUCAUGGCAUCGUCACAGAAAACGACAACGCGGUGCUCCUCGACCCUCCGCUGAUCGCCCUGGAUAAAGAUGCACCUCUGCGGUUCGCAGAGAGUUUUGAGGUGACAGUCACCAAAGAAGGUGAGAUUUGUGGAUUUAAAAUUCAUGGGCAGAAUGUCCCCUUUGAUGCAGUGGUAGUGGAUAAGUCCACUGGCGAGGGAAUAAUUCGCUCAAAAGAGAAACUGGACUGUGAACUACAGAAAGACUACACAUUCACCAUCCAGGCCUAUGACUGCGGCCAGGGGCCGGAUGGCGCCAACGCGAAAAAGUCUCAUAAAGCAACUGUCCAUAUUCAGGUGAACGAUGUGAACGAAUAUGCACCUGUGUUCAAGGAGAAGUCCUACAAAGCGACCGUCAUCGAGGGGAAGCAGUAUGACAGCAUCCUGAGGGUGGAGGCCGUGGACGCUGACUGCUCCCCCCAGUUCAGCCAGAUAUGCAGCUAUGAAGUCGUCACUCCAGAUGUGCCGUUUGCUAUCGACAAAGAUGGUUACAUAAAAAACACAGAGAAGCUAAACUAUGGGAAAGAACACCAGUACAAGCUGACCAUCACCGCCUACGAUUGCGGGAAGAGAAGGGCAGCGGAAGACGUCUUGGUGAAGGUCAGCGUCAAGCCCACCUGCACCCCCGGGUGGCAAGGAUGGAACAAGAGGAUCGAAUAUGAGCCUGGCACGGGCUCUUUGGCCCUCUUCCCAAAUGUCCACCUGGAGACGUGCGACGAACCCGUGGCCUCAGUGCAGGCAACGGUAGAGCUGGAGACCGGCCACAUCGGGAAAGGCUGUGACCGUGACACCUACUCUGAGCAGUCUCUUCACCGGCUGUGUGGCGCUGCGUCUGGCACCACCGAGCUGCUCCCGUCCCCAAGUGGGUCCUUGAACUGGACUGUCGGCCUCCCCACUGACAACGGCCACGACAGUGACCAGGUCUUCGAGUUCAACGGCACCCAAGCAGUGAGGAUCCCAGAUGGUGUCGUUUCUGUCAACCCGAAAGAACCUUUUAUGAUUUCUGUGUGGAUGAGGCAUGGGCCUUUUGGCAGGAAGAAGGAGACCAUUCUCUGUAGUUCAGACAAAACAGACAUGAACCGGCACCAUUAUUCACUCUACGUCCACGGCUGCCGCCUCACUUUCCUCCUCCGUCAGGAUCCUUCAGAAGAGAAGAAAUACAAACCUGCAGAAUUCCACUGGAAAUUGAAUCAGGUCUGUGAUGAGGAGUGGCAUCACUACGUCCUCAACGUGGAGCUCCCGAGCGUGACUCUCUAUGUGGACGGUGUUUCUCACGAGCCCUUCUCUGUGACCGAAGAUUACCCGCUUCAUCCAUCCAGGAUUGAAACCCAGCUCGUGGUUGGGGCUUGCUGGCAAGAGUAUCCAGCAUUUGAAAAUGACAAUGAAACCGAGCCUGUGCCUAUGGCCCCUGCAGGUGGCGACCUGCACAUGACCCAGUUUUUCCGGGGUAAUCUGGCUGGCCUGACUGUCCGUUCUGGGAAACUCGCAGAUAAGAAGGUGAUUGACUGUCUGUACACCUGCAAAGAAGGGCUGGACCUGCAGGCCCCCGAGGACGGCAGAGGCGUGAAGAUCCAUACCAACCCCAGUCAGUUGGCGUUGACCUUGGAGGGAGAUGAUGUUGGGGAGCUGGAUAAAGCCAUGCAGCACAUCGCCUACCUGAACUCACGGCAGUUCCCCACACCUGGGAUCCGGAGACUCAAACUCACCAGCACAGUCAAGUGUUUUAAUGAAGCUCCUUGCAUCUCGGUGCCCCCGGUGGAUGGUUACGUGAUGGUGUUGCAGCCAGAGGAGCCCAAGAUCAGCCUGAGUGGGGUCCACCAUUUUGCUCGAGCGGCUUCUGAAUUUGAAAGCCCAGAGGGGGUUUUCCUUUUCCCUGAGCUUCGGAUCAUCAGCACCAUCACGAGAGAAGUGGAGCCCGAAGGGGACGGGGACGAGGACCCCACAGUUCAAGAGUCGCUCGUGUCCGAGGAGAUCGUGCAUGACCUGGAUACCUGCGAGGUCACCGUGGACGGGGAGGAACUGAACCCAGCACAGGAGAGCCUGGAGGUAGACAUGGCCCGCCUGCAGCAGAAGGGCAUCGCGGUGAGCGCCUCCGACCUGGGCAUGGUCUUCACAGGCGUGGACACCAUGGCCAGCUACGAGGAGGUUCUGCGCCUCCUCCGCUAUCGGAACUGGCACACCAGGUCCCUGCUUGACCGGAAGUUCAGGCUCGUCUGCUCAGAGCUCAAUGGCCGCUACAUCAGCAACGAGUUUCAGGUGGAGGUGAACGUCAUUCACACGGCCGGCCCCAUGGAGCAUGCCAGCCACAUGGCCGCCCAGCCGCAGUUCGUCCACCCGGAGCGCCAUGCCUUCGUCGAUCUCUCGGGUCACAACCUGGCCAGCCCCCACCCGUUCGCAGUUGUCCCCAGCACGGCCACUGUUGUCAUUGUGGUGUGUGUCAGCUUCUUGGUUUUCAUGAUUAUCCUGGGAGUCUUCCGGAUCCGGGCUGCUCAUCAGCGAACCAUGCGGGACCAGGACACCGGGAAGGAGAACGAGAUGGAUUGGGAUGACUCCGCUCUGACCAUCACCGUGAACCCCAUGGAGACGUACGAGGACCAGCACAGCAGCGAGGAGGAGGAGGAGGAGGAAGAGGAGGAGGAGAGCGAAGCCGGGGAGGAGGAGGAUGACAUCACCAGCGCCGAGUCAGAAAGCAGCGAGGAGGAGGAGGGGGAGCACGGGGACCAGCAGAGCGCGAACCGGCAGCAGCAGCUGGAGUGGGACGACUCCACCCUGAGCUACUGA